GUCAUAAUCAAUCUGUUCAUUCAUAUGCUGGCAUGUUUAUCUGAACUCACCCUACGUAUUCCUGUUUUAGUCUACCCACAACCACCUUCCCGAGAAGCCGCUCACUUUGUACCUUGCGAUCGUGUCAACUUCUCCAUCUCUGUUACAAUAACAUCCUCGCCCACUUGGAGAUUCUCUGGAAAGGCAGCCGGUUUGAACCUCGAAGCGAGGCCCUCGGAUGAGUGAUGAGGUUGAAUAGGACUGAAAUCUCAAAGAUUCCAAAAGCAGCUGAAUGCACGUAUUCUUCUAGACGCCGCGGCUGCUACUCCAUCUUCUUCCGUAUUUUAAGCCUCAAAUGUAGCUGGAUUGAAAGUCGGAUUACAGCGCCCCAUGUACUUGGGUGUUUGACGAGACAAAGCCCAUCAGCCGCAACAUUGUAUAGAGGAAAAGUUGACUUCCCCGUCAUAAACCUAUCGCGCUUGGUAUACUGACGCGAUACGUGAAGAGUAGAGAUGAUCG